GAUAACUAAGAGAAGAGAAGGAUCAGAUGCUGGAAGAGGAGCGAGAGAAGCGUCGAUAGAACGAAGAACCAUUCCAAACUUCUCUGCAAAUUUUUAGAGAGUUUUUUCUUAGUUCUUUUGUUGCUUUCUCUUUGCCUUUUCCUUUCUCUUUUUCAAUGGGUAAUUGCCUCGAAAAAGCUGGUUCUAAGGUCGAUAACUCUCUCAACUCCCUCCCUAAUUCAGAAGAUCCAAAAGCUCAUGAUAGGAAAGGUCAUUCAUCUGCUUCUUUGAGAGCUCCAUCACUUGGGGGGAAUACGCCAUCUAGAGGUCUUCAAGUUCAUAGAACUGAAGGUGAAAUAUUGUUGUCUCCAAAUCUGAAAGCCUUCACAUACAGUGAGCUUAAGAAUGCUACUAAAAACUUCCGCCCUGACAGUCUAAUUGGAGAAGGAGGUUUUGGUCAUGUUUACAAAGGAUGGAUUGAUGAACAUACACUUGAAGCUGUGAGGCCUGGAGCUGGAAUGGUUGUUGCGGUGAAGAAGCUUAAGCCUGAAGGUUUUCAAGGACACAAGGAAUGGCUGUCUGAAGUAAAUUACCUUGGUCAGCUUCAUCAUCCUAAUCUGGUUAAACUAAUCGGGUUCUGCCUUGAUGGGGAUAGCCGACUUUUGGUCUAUGAGUAUAUGUCCAAAGGCAGCCUUGAAAAUCAUCUUUUUAGAAGGGGUGCACGACCACUUUCUUGGGCAAUAAGGAUCAAAGUUGCUAUAGGUGCUGCUAGAGGACUUACCUUUCUGCAUGACUCUGAAGAACCAGUUAUCUAUCGUGAUUUUAAGGCAUCAAACAUCCUUUUAGAUUCUGAAUUCAAUGCAAAACUUUCAGAUUUUGGUUUAGCAAAGGCAGGCCCAACAGGUGAUCGGACUCAUGUGUCCACUCAAGUUAUGGGUACUCAAGGUUAUGCUGCUCCAGAAUAUAUUGCCACUGGUAGGUUAACGGCUAAGUGCGAUGUGUAUAGCUUUGGAGUUGUGCUGCUGGAGCUCCUCUCAGGACGUCGUGCUGUUGAUAAAACUAAAGUAGGCGUUGAACAGAAUCUUGUGGAAUGGGCAAGACCUUACUUGGCUGAUAAGCGCAAGUUAUUUCGGAUAAUGGACAUUAAGUUGGAGGGCCAAUACCCUCAAAAGGCUGCUUACAUGACUACGGUCCUUGCAUUGCAGUGCAUUCGAGAGGCAAAAUUCCGACCACAGAUGUCUGAAGUUUUAUCUGCUCUCGAACAGCUUCCCCUGGUUAAGCAUGCUGAUACCCAAAGAGCAAACAGUCCAGGGCCAAAGUCCCCACUAAGACAUAAGUACCCUUCACCUUUAAAUUCAACGACACCAAAAGCGAGUUCUCCACUACCAUCCAAAUGAAAAUCCUAAAGACCUUUGAGAAGGGAUGGAUCAUCUUUUCAGCGAUCACCCAAGUGAAUACAUAUCUUUGCCUUCGGCAUGUUCGGUUGGCAGACUGUAGCAGUCGGAAAUUCCCGUACCCCCUUUCGUCUUCCCUCUCGUCUUCGGCUUGCAAAGGAUGAUGAUCUGUAAAUGGAGAUUAAGUUUGGAGGUGGGAAAAGGUUUGGCAGCUGACACUAUAAAUUUUGUAGAGAUAACAUUUUACCUUUACAUAGAAGGAGAUUGAAAUAAUGAUUAGCAGAGAGUUGGUUUAGUUUGGCAUUUUACUCUGAGGGAAUUUGUAUUGAGAAUUUGAGACUUGACAAUCAAACCUUACAAUAUAAAUGGAAGGUUUCUAUUGGCUUCAUAA